AUGAUACCGCCCGAUAGCAAAAGCUCGUCUGAUGCCAUCAUGGAGCUGGGGCUCACAUUUGGGGCGGUGGGCGACUUUAUCUCCAUUGCUGGCUUGGUCAGAGACAUUGUUCUGGCCCUCGACAGCUGCCGUGGAUCCUCAAAGGAGUACCGCGAUCUCGUCGAGAGCAUCGAGCUCCUUGACUAA